AUGUCGGGCCGGAGACAGGCGUGGCAGUUUGCGGCCGUGCUGGUCUUCUUCCACGGCUCCGAGUACGUCCUCGCUGCCGCUUUCCACGGCCGCCAGAACGUCACCGCUACUUCACUUCUUAUUAGCAAGCAGUAUGUGUUGGCAAUGGGUUUUGCAAUGUUGGAACACCUGACAGAAAUUCUUAUUUUCCCAGAAGUAAAGGAGUACUGGUUUGUCAGUAAUACUGGCCUUCUAAUGGUUAUUGUUGGUGAAAUUAUCCGUAAACUUGCUGUAGUGACAGCUGGACGUGCCUUCACGCACGUUAUAAGAACUUAUUAUGAAGAUCAGCAUCAGUUGAUCACCCAUGGACUGUAUAGGUUUAUGCGCCAUCCUGGGUAUUCUGGCUUUCUUAUAUGGGCAGUAGGAACCCAGAGCAGGUAUGAAGAAUUUUUCUUGAGGCAGUUCUUUGGCUCAGAAUACGAUGAAUACGCACAGAGAGUACACUCUGGAUUACCAUUUAUUAAAUGA